GAGCGCAGCAGGGGAGGCAGAUUGCACCGUUUCUUCCUCUCCAAAUUGCAGGAUUUUCCCGCUACAGUGUUUAUCUUUUCACAAAUAAUAUAUUUCUUUUUUUUAGGUUCGAAAAGGGGAAUAACCAAGAAGCCUAAGCGUUUUGGAUCAGAGACUUGUCCUUGGAAAGAAAAUAAAAAUUAAACAAUUGGCUUGUUUGACUCCCUGCGCUUAUCUAUCAAUCACAACCGUUCAGCUAGCAGCGGUUAUCAGCACCGCUUUUGGAGGAUGCAGAGUGAAACACCCAAAGCAAUGACCCCGGAUGCCCGCAACAACUUGGUUGCGUGAAUAGGAUGGUUUUCGAUGCCAUUUCAACCGCAGUAGAACGGGUCCGUGCGCUCUAGCAGCCUGGCACGGAAAAACGCCAUUACGCAUGUUCGGUAAUCAAGAGAUAGAAGGCCUGAUGGAUAUUAGAUUCUGAAUCCAUUUCGACCUUUUUUUGUGUGAAGAAAAUCUGGAUUAUAUAAAAACAAAACGGAAGUCGUGAAACAGGAGCUAUUGACACAAUUCAACAUUGUUUACUGUAGGACUGAAGACUUGGGAUAUAGGGGCGGAAAAUACGUUUUCCUGCGCAAUGAUGGUAUUUUCACCGGGAGACUAGUCUAGCUUGAUGUUAGACUUUUAAAAAAGAAAUCAUUAAAGUGGGUUUACAAUGUGUCAGUUCAUUCUCAUAAUUAUUAGAGGUCAUUCAGCGUAUUAUAUCACACUAAGCCCUAACUACUUCUAACUUGAUAAUAGAUAUACAUUUUUUUCUGAAAUCGGUUUUGUAGCAUAUAGGCGUAAAGAACAAUUUGUUCACAUCAUGGUUCUUGCAAUGCGGCAUGGCGCCCAUCUAGUAUGGGUAGGCCUUCUCCUGUGCUGUAUGGUAGAUAUGGGGUCCUCUAUGGAGUUUACAGGCACUGAGGGUCAGUGGGCCAGAUUUCCAAUGUGGAAUGCAUGUUGCGAGAGUGAAAUGAGCUUCAACAUGAAAACCAAGAGCUCCCACGGGCUGUUGGUUUACUUCGAUGACGAGGGUUUCUGCGACUUUUUAGAACUCCUGAUACACAAUGGUAAGCUCAGUCUUAGAUUCUCCAUCUUCUGCGCUGAGCCUGCAACUGUUCUAACCGACACCGCUGUAAACGACAGCCAGUGGCACGCAGUGACAAUACGGAGGAACUUCAAAAACACAACGCUAAUGGUGGACAAAGAGGUCAAAUGGGUGGAAGUGAAGUCGAAAAGAAGGGAUAUGACUGUUUUCAGCCACCUGUUUCUUGGGGGAAUACCACCGGAAUUACGGUCUGUGGCUUUACGGUUAACUUCGGCUGCUGUCAAAGACCAAGUGCCUUUUACUGGAUGGAUAACUGACGUGAAGGUUAACAAUACAGAGUCGGUGCUCCUAAACAGCGCAGGGGUCAUUAAUGACCUCUGCGGCGCUGCAGCCAACAUGUGUUUAAACGGAGGUGUCUGCAAUGUCGUUAACGACGAACCCCGGUGCGACUGCUCGCAGACUGGCUACCAGGGAAAAGACUGCAGUGAAGGAGACAGCCAUGUUGAAGGUCUGGCGCACUUGAUGAUGGGCGACCAAGGGCGGAGGGAGGGAGAAGGCUGGCUUGGAAGGUCCCUACUGAGCAUUCCAGGAAAAGAAGACUACGUGGCGACCUUCAAGGGGUCUGAGUUCUUCUGCUACGACCUGUCGUUAAACCCCAUCCAGAGCAGCAGUGACGAGAUCACGCUGUCCUUCAAGACGCUGCAGAGGAACGGCCUGAUGCUCCACACUGGGAAGUCUGCAGACUAUGUCAACCUGGCCCUGAAAAAUGGAGCCGUGUCGCUGGUCAUUAAUUUGGGGUCCGGAGCCUUUGAAGCUCUAGUGGAGCCGGUCAAUGGGAAAUUCAAUGACAAUGAUUGGCAUGAUGUCAAAGUUACAAGGAAUCUGCGUCAGCACUCAGGCAUUGGACACGCUAUGGUAAAAAAACUACAUUGUUCGGUAACUAUAUCCGUGGAUGGGAUACUGACCACCACAGGGUAUACUCAAGAAGACUACACCAUGUUAGGCUCCGACGACUUUUUCUAUGUUGGCGGGAGUCCUAGCACAGCUGACCUACCUGGAUCACCAGUUAGCAACAACUUUAUGGGUUGCCUGAAAGAGGUUGUGUACAAAAACAAUGACGUGCGGCUCGAGCUCUCCAAGCUGGCCAAACAGGGAGACGUCAAGAUGAAGGUGCAUGGCAUUGUGGCAUUCAAAUGUGAAAAUGUGGCGACCCUUGACCCCAUCACCUUCGAGACACCAGAGUCUUUCAUCACGCUGAACAAGUGGAACGCCAAAAAGACGGGCUCCAUCUCCUUCGACUUCCGCACCACGGAGCCCAACGGCCUCAUCCUCUUCAGCCAUGGAAAGCCGAAACAGGCACCCAAGGAUUCCAAGAGCCCUUUGACACUGAAGGUGGAUUUCUUUGCCAUUGAGAUGUUGGACGGUCACCUGUACCUGCUUUUGGACAUGGGCUCAGGGACCACGAAGACCCGGGCGGUCAACAAGAAGGUCAACGAUGGGGAGUGGUACCAUGUGGACUUCCAGCGGGACGGGCGAUCCGGUACAAUCUCCAUCAACACCCAGAGGCAGGCCUACACGGCCCCAGGCGAGAGUGAAAUCCUGGACCUGGACGACAACCUUUACCUGGGAGGACUGCCAGAGAACAAACUUGGCCUGGUCUUCCCGACAGAGGUGUGGACCGCUCUGCUGAACUACGGCUACGUGGGCUGCGUCCGGGACCUGUUCAUCGACGGACAGAGUAAAGAUGUCCGCCGCAUGGCCGAGGUACAGAAGGCCACAGGGGUCAAACCGUCUUGUUCUAAAGAGCCGCCCAAACAGUGCCUGUCCAACCCCUGCCAGAAUAACGGUGUCUGCCGGGAGGGAUGGAACCGAUAUGUGUGUGACUGCUCGGGAACGGGGUACCUUGGGCGCUCCUGUGAGAGAGACGCCACCAUACUGAGUUACGACGGCAGCAAGUUCAUGAAGAUCCAGUUGCCCGUGGUGAUGCACACGGAGGCGGAGGACGUGGCCCUGCGGUUCCGCUCCCAGCGGGCCUACGGGGUCCUGAUGGCCACCACGUCGCGCGACAGCGGCGACACGCUGCGCCUGGAGCUGGAGACGGGCCGUGUCCGCCUCACGGUCAACCUAGACUGUAUGAGGAUAAACUGUACAACCAGCAAAGGUCCUGAGACCAUAUUUGCGGGUCAGAACCUGAAUGAUAACGAGUGGCACACUGUGCGUGUGUUCAGGAGGGGGAAAAGUUUGAAACUCACCGUAGAUGAUCUGCAGCCUGUAGAAGGUCAAAUGGCAGGCGACCACACCCAGUUGGAGUUUCACAACAUUGAGACGGGCAUCGUUACUGAGAAGAGGUUCAUGUCUAUGGUUCCCUCAAACUUCAUAGGCCACCUUCAGAGCCUCUCCUUCAACGGCAUGGCCUAUAUAGACCUGUGUAAGAACGGCGACAUUGACUACUGUGAGCUCAAUGCCAUGAUCGGCUUCAAAAACAUAAUCGCAGACCCAGUGACUUUCAAGUCGCGGUCCAGUUACGUGGCUCUGACCACCCUGCAGGCCUACUACUCCAUGCAUCUGUUCUUCCAGUUCAAGACCACGUCAUCUGACGGACUCAUACUGUUCAACAGCGGGGAUGGAAAUGACUUCAUCGUGGUUGAGCUGGUCAAGGGCUAUUUGCAUUACGUCUCCGACCUGGGAAAUGGAGCACAUCUGGUCAAGGGAAACUCCAACAAGCCCCUGAAUGACAACCACUGGCACAACGUCAUGAUCUCACGGGACACCAACAACCUGCACACUGUCAAGAUCGACACCAAAAUCACCACACAGACCACAGCUGGAGCCAAGAACCUCGACCUGAAAGGGGAUCUGUAUAUUGGAGGCGUGGCCAAAGAGAUGUAUAAGGAGCUUCCAAAGCUGGUGCACGCCAAGGAGGGCUUCCAGGGUUGCCUGGCAUCCGUGGACCUGAAUGGACGUCUCCCGGAUCUCAUGUCAGAUGCCCUGGCUUGUGUUGGUCAGAUAGAGAGGGGCUGCGAAGUUGCAUUGAUGAAAGCUGACUUGCAAGGGCCCAGUACCACAUGCCAGGAGGACUCGUGUGCCAACCAGGGGGUGUGCCUGCAGCAGUGGGAGGGGUUUAGCUGUGACUGUAGCAUGACGUCCUUCGGAGGGCCUCUCUGCAACGACGCUGGAACUACGUACAUAUUUGGUCGUGACGGUGGUCUGAUCACGUACACAUGGCCUCCCAACGACAGGCCCAGCACACGGGCUGACAGGCUGGCAAUAGGCUUCAGCACACAGCUGAAGGAGGCUGUCCUGGUGAGGGUGGACAGCUCCUCUGGCCUCGGAGACUACCUGAAGCUACACAUUGAAAAAGGAAACAUUGCAGUCGUGUUUAAUGUCGGAACGGAUGACAUAAACAUCGAGGAGACGGCAAAGUUUGUAAAUGAUGGAAAGUACCAUAUAGUGAAGUUUACGCGGAGUGGCGGUAACGCCACACUGCAGGUGGAUGACCUGCCUGUCAUAGAGCGCUAUCCCACAGGCAACAAUGAUAACGAACGCCUGGCGAUUGCUAGACAGCGAAUCCCAUAUCGACUUGGUCGAGUAGUUGACGAAUGGCUACUCGACAAAGGUCGUCAGCUCACCAUCUUUAACAGCCAGACCACUAUUCAGAUUGGGGGCUGGGACCGGGACCGGAGUCGCUCGUUUCAGGGCCAGCUCUCCGGCCUCUACUACAACGGGCUGAAGGUGUUCAACAUGGCCACGGAGGGAGACCCCAACAUCCGCAUCCAGGGGAGCGUCCGGCUGGUCGGGGACUCGCCGUCGUCCAUCACGCCGCAGUCCAGCGCCAACACGGCCAACCGGUCCGAAACGUCCACGUCGAUCAUGGAGAUCACCACCACCACCACGGCGUCCAGUAGGAGGGUGAAGCAGACGACGCCACGGGAACCUCAGCAGACGACGGAUGAUCUACUGGUGGCGUCGGCGGAGUGUCCGAGCGAUGACGAGGACAUUGAUCCCUGUGAGCCGAGCUCAGGUGGGUUAGCGAACCCAACGGGCCCAGCAGCGAAAGGCUACCCGGGUCCGUCGGAGGGGGUGUUCCGCGAGUCCAGCAGCACCACGGGCAUGGUGGUGGGCAUCGUGGCGGCGGCCGCCCUCUGCAUCCUCAUCCUGCUCUACGCCAUGUACAAGUACCGCAACCGGGACGAGGGCUCCUACCAGGUGGACGAGAGCCGCAACUACAUCAGCAAUACGUCGCAGUCUAACGGGGCGGUGGUGAAGGAGAAACCGCCGAACGCCGCCAAGACCUCCGCUAAGAGCAAGAAGAACAAGGACAAGGAGUACUACGUGUGAUCCACACUGUCCCUGGUCCUCGCCAUUGGCCUGUCGCAGAGAUCGGACCAAUUAUUCUGACUUUUAUGACUCUAAAAAGGACGAAUCACGAGCUCCGAAGACCAAUACAAAGUGUAUUAUAGCGAACGAAAUUUAACGAAAACACAAAAAUAACAUUUAGUCUUUCAUUUUGCCUGAGGCAGGUGAGUGGUGGCGGUGGUGGCGAACGGGAAAGUUAAAAGGAUUAAAAAAAACUACAAAUAUUCCUUUAGUUUCUUCAAUCCAAGCACACUGGACUAUAGGAAAUAGCACCAGGGAGACAGCAGUACUGGACUAUACUGAUGAUGAGAAGGAGGUUCUGGACUGUAUGGCAAGCUUCGGAAUCUGAAAAUCAACCCAAACACCUAUGAAUCAUGAACCAACAGACAAACUAGCCAAUCGUUCUGCUUGUUACCAGGAUAUUUGUUGGCCCUCCACAAGUUUCAGGUAACAAGAGAGGACAUUUAUGAGGGGCAGAUACAAUAUUUAAACAAACAACAAAAAAAGUGCUAUGUUUUCAUCAACAUAUCCUGUGUUUGUGUUUUCUGGGACCUUUUCUAUGAGAAAAAGACUUGAACACAAAACACAUCAAUAAGGUAAAUAAAGAAAACCCAACACUGAGCAUAUGCAGAUGAGGAGUGAAAAGAAGAGAUUGCAUCAUGGGGAAGACAGGCAACAAUGAAAAAGGAAGUUAAAGGAUUAUGAAGCUACCUAAACUCCAUGUUUGAUAAAUCAGCCAAAGUAUUUGCACUUUUUAAAGUGGCAGUGAAGGCCAGAACACUGACUAAAACAAAAAUGGCCACUCGAUCUGUCAACAGUGCAAAGACAAAAUGGCUUCUAAUGAAUCAAGAUGUGUUCGCGGUAAAUUUCUUGCCAAUCAAGAAAUCCAGAUGCAUUGGUUUUCAACAUCAGUGUGGAAUCUAAAGCAAAGUGUUUAACAGAACUCCUGAAGGAGAAGUCAGAACGUUCUGAACGUGAUCAUUCUGAUACUGGAACACUCCAUGCACGCAAAACGUAUCUUAUUACAGUUACAGUAUGUUUAUAUACAGUACAAUCACAUCUAUAUGUGCUUUCUGGACUGUGAUAAGUGGUGUUUUAUAGCCUGUUGUAUAGAUGACGACGCAAACUAUAUCUGCUCCUCCUCCAACCAAUUUUUGGAAUAAAGAAAAUAAUUAGAAAAAAUGACAAAAAAUACCAAAUUAAAUGUUAUUAAGUGUUGCUAGAUAUAGACGAUUUUACGAUGACAUCAAUGCGAAAUGCAAUUUUUUUUUAGUUGGAUUAUUUGAUAAUUUCUUCCCCGUUGAAAUGUACGUUCCUGUUGACUGUUUAUACUGACGCCAACCUGAUCUAUUAGAUAAUAGCUAUGCUAUAUUAAAACAACCCGGCCCAGCCCAGUAGCAGACAGAACCUGUCCUAAAAUGGUAGGAAGCGAUGGUGGUAGUGGAGAGCGGGGGCUUGAUGAUGAUGAUGAUGAUAAAGUGCAGGAUGAGGUCAUUUCUCCAGGGUAUCACUGCCUUUCUACCGAUUCCUGCCACUCUCAAUGCCUGGGGCAGUAAUAGUAAAUACUGCCUUUUUCCCCAUACUUGCCCCACACCCAUUUACCCCCAAACUGAGCCUAUGUGAGAAUGAAGACGUAUAUUACGAAUGAUGAUGAUGAUGAUGACGAUGAUGUAUGUUUCGAAGAUGUCCUAAAAUAUGAUUGUUUAGUGUACACUUGGGAUGAUGCUAACAAACGGAAGAUGACAAAUUGGGACAAAAGCGACCAUUUGAAUCGUUUGGGUGUUUGAACUGUCAUUCCACUGUCAAAUCUAUUCCGCUUUCCUGACAGCCUGAUGUACUUGGAAUGAGUGUAACAACUACUAUGACCUAUAAAUAAUGAUGAUUAUAAA